AUGCUCCAGGCAUCUGACGGGGCUGAGGCCAGCCGGCAGGAGAGUGGAAGCAGCGGGGCUAGCGGGGAAGAGCCACACCUACGGAAUACACAUGAGCCAAAUGGCGCGCUUCGACAGAGGGGCAGCAACAGCGGGGAUGAAUGCGCCAAGGGCAUUGGUGUGCGCAAGAGCGGGCCAGACCGUGACAAGAAUCGCGCAGCUCAGAAGGCGUUCCGGCAGCGCAAGAGGGAGCAGGAGAAGGCCAAGGAGCUCCUGGUGGAGGAGUUGGAGGCGAAGCUCAAGGCGGUGCAGCUGGAGAAGGCACGGCUGGAGGUGCAGAACAGCCAGCUGGAGAGCGCACUCGUCGCGCGCAUGAAGCUGGCAGCGCAUCCCAAUGGCAACCGGGUUAUGGCGAUUGACAAGGGUGCCUCGGGCCGUGUCAUCACAGGUGGGCACGACUGGAAAUGCAAUCUGGACUGGGGUCCCACAGAUGUGCUUGUGUUGGAGCACGGGGAGCAGCAGCGGCUCACCCCAGAAACAGUGCAAGCGUUGGGGCUGCAGGGCAUUGCAGCUGUGUGGAAGGGCUACAUCAACAAAGUGGCGGCAUGCUUGUCUGGCGCUUGGAAAGACGAGGACGGCCCAGACGGUCGCAAAGUGCAGGUGCUGCUGUCAGAGGCGAUCUCAGUGUGCGCGUACAUGGCGCGCACCGCGCCCAAAAUUCUACUGCAAUUCGCCAGAUCCCGCCUGGAGGACAACCCCUUGGCACCUUCUGCACCCUCCGUGGCCCUCUGGAAGUCUUGCCUGAAAAACAUGCGGCUCAGCGUUGACCAGGUGGCGGAGCUGCUGCGGAGGCGACGGUCGUUCCUGAUGCAGCUCAAAGCGCUGCUGGAGGAGCGCACACGCAUCCAAGCAACCAUGAAGGAGCAGGAGAUGGAGGAUACGCCGGAGUCGGUGGCGCUGCGCUACUUCCAGCUGACGGAGGCCACCAAGCAGCUGCAGUCCAACGUCACCGCCCUCCACGACAGCAAGUGUCGCUUCUUCUCCUGCUGCUGGCGCGAGGUGCUCCGGCCGGUGCAGGGGGCGAAUCUGGUGGUGCAGGCGUUUCCUUUUGCGCCCGAUCUGCUGGCAGUCCUCUCCUGCCUGGGCGCGGAGGCCGGCGAGCCCUCGGCCCGGGAUCUCCUCCGCGCUUCCUGA